AUGCAGUUCACUACUAUCAUUCUUUCCAUCUUCGCUUCUACUACUCUCAUUGCUGCUGCCCCAGUUCCCGAACCUGUUGUUGGGGCUAUAGCUGGAGCCGUCGUUGGAGUAGGCUGCGCCUUCCAAGCCGAACAAUGCCAAAAGGUUGGCGAUGGGGUCAAAGAGGGUGUCAAAGAGUCUGGCCAUCGCCAAUGGGACGCUGCUAAGGACGAUGGUGGUUGGAGCGUCGGAACUGGCAAAGGUGGAUUCUUCCCUGGAGGCUGGAAGAAGGAAUAA